AUGGACUCCUGGAACAGUUCCAUUCACUUUUGUCAGUGGCGUGGCGUUACAUGCGGUGGUCGUGAGCAUCAAAGAGUCACAAAAUUGGAACUGCAAUACCUCAAACUCUCGGGGUCUAUUUCCCCAUACAUUGGAAAUUUGAGCUUUCUCACAGAGUUGAAUCUCACGGGGAACAGCUUCUACAGUCAAAUUCCUCAAGAAAUCGGUCGUUUAAGAAGAUUGAAGGUAUUAAGAAUGACCAAUAACUCCAUUAGUGAUGCAAUUCCUUGUAAUUUAUCUGCUUGUUCUAAGCUUAUAUUUGUCAACAUGAGAGGCAACCAGCUAAUAGGAGAAAUACCUGCUUCCCUGGGUUUCUUGUCAAACCUGAAACUGAUGAGUUUUAGCAACAACAGUUUAAGAGGGAGUAUCCCGCCUUCUUUCGGGAACUUGUCAUCCCUGCAGGAACUCACUUUGUCGAUUAAUGAGUUGACUGGGAUCCUACCUGAAGCUCUUGGACGACUGACAAAUCUUUCAUAUUUCACGGUAGCAUCAAAUGAAAUUUCUGGUAUUGUUCCUAUUUCAAUGUUCAAUCUCUCCUACCUUGGAUUAUUUGAUAUUACUGAGAAUAUGAUUCAAGGUACUCUUUCUUCUCACAUAGAAAUUAAUAUGCCAUAUGUUGAGUUCUUUUCAGUAGGAGGAAAUCAGAUAUCUGGAGAAAUCCCGAUUUCAAUAUCUAAUGAUACAAAUCUGAAUGUACUUCAAUUUGCUGACAAUAGACUCAGUGGGAAUGUUCCAUCAUUAGAAAAGCUAGAUAAACUGUUCAGAUUAUCCUUGUUCCAGAACCAUUUGGGAUACGGGAAAGAUGGUGACUUGGACUUUCUCUGCACUUUGGUCAACAAUACGAUACUAGGAACUCUAUCUAUAACCCAAAAUAAUUUUGGAGGGAUGUUUCCUGAAUGCAUUAGCAAUUUUUCUACCACUAUUUUUUAUUUAUCAAUGGAUCGGAACAAAAUAUUGGGAAGAAUACCGGAUGGAAUUGGAAAUCUCUUCAACUUGGAGACUCUGGGGGUAACACAAAAUCAACUAUCAGGUCCGAUUCCCUUUGACAUUGGAAGGCUUCAUAAGCUCAAGUUAUUUUUCACUAGUGGUAAUUUUCUCUCUGGGACCAUUCCCCGUUCUAUUGGAAAUUUAACGAUGUUAAUUGAAUUUGCUUUAGAUUUUAAUAAUCUUCAAGGGAAUAUUCCUUCAAGUCUAAGUAAUUGUCAAAAUUUGGUCCUACUAAGUCUUGAUCAUAACAAUCUUAGUGGAUCAAUACCUCAUGAAGUACUUGGACUCUCAGCCUUGUCCAUUGUACUAGAUUUGUCAUCAAAUUAUUUGACUGGUGAACUUCCUGUUGAAGUAGAAAAAUUGAAAAAUCUAGCUAGAUUGGAUAUUUCUCAAAAUAGGUUAUUUGGUCUGCUCCCAAGCAGCCUUGGUAGCUGCGAAAGUCUUGAGUACAUGUUCGUUGAUGGAAAUUUGUUUGAAGGGCCCAUUCCUUCAUCUUUUAGUUCAUUGACGGGCCUUAUGGGAUUAGACGUAUCUGCCAAUAAUCUUUCAGGUGGGAUUCCAGAAUUUUUUGUGAACUUUAGAGUAUUAAAUUAUUUAAAUCUUUCUUUCAAUAAUUUCGAGGGAGUGAUACCAAGUGAAGGGGUCUUUAAGAAUGCAAGUGCUAUAUUUGUUGAAGGAAACAAUAAUCUCUGUGGAGGCAUCCUAGAGUUAAACUUGUCCAAAUGUAACUCAAAAUCGUUAGUUAGAAGAUCAAACACUUCCCUUAGAAUUGCAAUUAUUUUUGUGAUUUUAGGGGUGACUUUGAUUUUCACUUGUCUCCUCAUCUUGUGGUUUAAAAAAAAGAAAGAGCCCAUGCCAACAACCAUCAAUGCAGAAAAUACAUUUUUGCACUUAUCAUACCAAAGCAUCUUAAGGGCCACAGAUGGUUUCUCUAUGCAGAAUUUUCUUGGUUCAGGAAGUUUUGGUUCUGUAUAUAAAGGAAUUCUUAAAGAGGGUGGAGCAAUUGUUGCAAUAAAAGUGCUUAAUCUUCUAAAUUAUGGAGCUUCGAGGAGUUUCUUGGUUGAAUGUGAGGUCUUAAAGAAUAUUCGACAUCGAAAUCUUGUCAAAGUGUUGACAUCCGUUUCAAGUGUCGAUUACCAAGGCAAUGACUUUAAAGCAUUGGUUUACGAGUUCAUGGAAAAUGGAAGCUUGGAGAAUUGGUUACAUCCAUCUAUCGACGUGAAUGAAUCAGAGACGACAAGCAAGAUGAGCUUUCUCCAAAGAGUUAAUGUGGUCAUUGAUGUUGCUCAUGCACUGGAUUAUCUGCACAAUGGUUGUGAGACAUCGAUUAUUCAUUGUGAUCUCAAGCCAAGCAACAUUUUACUUGAUAAGGAAAUGAUUGGCCAUAUAAGUGACUUUGGUUUAUCAAAAAUCCUUUCUACAGACAUACUUAGCUACUCUACUAAUCAAUCAAGCUCAAUUGGAUUGAGAGGAACAAUUGGUUAUGCUCCACCAGAAUAUGGCAUGGGAGGCAAGUUGUCGACAAGAGGUGAUGUGUAUAGCUAUGGCAUCCUCUUGCUUGAGAUGUUUACGGGGAAAAGGCCGACUGAUGAAAGGUUCAAAGAAGGUUUAAGUCUUCGCAACUUUGUUAACGCAUCUCUUCCUGGACAAGUGAUUGAGAUUGUAGAUCCCAUUCUUCUUCAAGAGAUAGCUAAACACGAAAUAGUCGCAGACAUCACUCUCAAUGGAAACAUGGGAAAUGAUAGAUAUCUUCAGUGUUUGAAUUCGAUAUUCGAAAUAGGACUUAUUUGUUCCGCUGAUUCACUAAGUGAGAGGAUGGAUAUGGGGGAUGUUGUUUCCAAGAUUUGUUCUAUUAGAGAUAAGCUUCUUGCUCAACUUCAUAUGCUGCUCAAUCAGCAGGUACCCAUGGUGCCAUAUUAUCAAAGGAAUUGA